UUUCUGUCCACAAUUAUCUAUGUAGUGCUGCUCUUGAAUUUUAUCUUCCUUCUUCCUUAUCAAUUUCUCCACUGUUUUGUCUCGAACUUAUGCUUUUAUCUAUUUGGUGCCAUCACUUUACAUUUCUUUUUUUUUUUUUUUUUUUUUUUGACCAUCGUUUCUUUUGUUUCUUCUACAGUCAUCUCUUCUACGCAGUCUCUUAUUCCUUUCUUCUUCUUCUCCUCCUCCUCUACGAACUAUUAUUAGUACUCUGGGUUGGUUCCUUAUCCUUUUCUAGUAUGUCUCUUUACCCUAUUAAUAACAAAAAACCAAUCCACCUCCAAAGAAAAAAAGAAAAGAAUAUAUGCAUAUAUGUAUGUAUAUAAUCAAAAUUAUAUACUCAAAAAACCAUAAACCGCCUUUUUUUUAUGAUUUCUUAACUUACAGUCAUAAUCAAAUCUGAACAACUAUCGCUCCUUACAAUAUAAAUGCAAUCUCCUUCUUAUAGGCUUUAUCCGUAUACGGCCAUAAAAA